UAAUCGGGUCCGGUUAUUAUACAUAAACAAAUACUUAUGCACGCUGCAUAAGUCCAGCCCACUAGCCGAGCCCAACACGCCUAGCCCAACCCAUUCCUUCCUACAACGGCUUCCCACUAACGACGUUAACUCCAAAAGUAACGGUUAUCUCGCAACUAACAUUUUUCUGUCCAAAACCAACAACAAUCGUUCAUCAUCACCAUCGCCGGAAUCAACAUCAUCACCGGAAGCUACAUUCAUCAUCACCGUCACUGAAAUCUACAAUCAUUUCCAUCAGAGUUCACUCCUUCAUCAUCACCGUCACCGAAAUCAAUCUUCAAAACCAAAUACUGUUGAUUUCUUACACGCAAGUAAAGGAUCAUCAUCAACGAUUCACUUCCAAAAAGCAAAAUGAAGAAAACGACACAGGUGAAAAAAUCAAAGAACGUACAGGAAUUGCCAUCCUUCAGUAUCGGGCUGACACCGUCAGAUGAGGAUAAAAGGAAUGACACCGAUUCAUCAUCCAGUGGUGGUCAAAAAAAUAAGCGAAAAACAGGAGCUGCAAAAGGUAAUGAAAAGAAGAAUAAAAAAAAGAAGGAACAUACAAAGGGUGAUGAAAGCAUUGCUUCUCGUGGUCGUAAUAAGAAACCACAAAUAGAGGCACAAGAUUCCGAUGAGACAAGUUCGGAUGAUGAAAAUGAAAGGAAUGGUAAGAAAGUUUCUUGUGCUGUUGAAAAUGUGAAACAAGAUAUGGUGAAGAAAGAUUCUGAUGCAGAUGCAAGACUGAGACAUAAGAUGAGUGUACCUAAGGUCUAUGACCUUAUGCAUUCAGUACAUGUCAAAAAAAGGAGAGACGAAAUAAUUGACCAACUAAACAACUGUGGCUUUGGAGGGAUGCUACAUAUCUGUAACUGGACAAGGAUCCACACCUUUUUUAUCGAUUGGGUUGUCAGAAGAUUUGAAAAGGAACAUAUGUGGAUAAGAUUGAGCGAUACGGAGGUCCUAGAGUUGAAAGAGGAUGAUGUGCAUAGAGUCUAUGAACUUCCAAUGGCUGGAAAGAAGAUAGACACUAAUCUUUGCUCUGAUGGAGCAAUUAGAAGGCUAAGGAAGGAAUUGGGAUUGACUGGAGAUUAUUCUCCAGUUGUGAAGGUUGCUGAAUUAGAAAGGAUACUGAAGACUACAGAAAAACCUAAAACAUGGGUGAAGGGUAUAAUUUGUUUCAUCAUUCAUAACAUUUUGUGCCCGACUAAUAAAGGCAAUGUGUCACUGCAGUAUGCAGAUAUUUUAGAAGAUCCAGCCGGUGUAUCUUCAUAUAACUGGUGCUCACAUGUUCUAGACUAUAUGAAAAAAGGCCUGCAAUCUCCAGGAGUUUUAAAUCCAUUAGCAGAUUUCCACUUCCUAAUGAUUAACUACAUGGAUAAAAUGGGGAAACGAAGCCCAUUUUUGACGGGCAAAUACAAGCGGCCAUCCCUUCGUGAUUGGGAUGUCAAGGCGGCAAACCAGGAACUUGCCAAGAUCCAUGAUAUCAUGGGGCUUGAAAAUGGAUUGACAGCUGGGGUAACAAGUCUGUACAGACCCGCAGAAGGUCCGCUUGUACUGUGUUUUGAUGCAGACACAUGCCCACUGUCUAAGGCAGAAAUGUAUCUUAAUCACUGUAGGUCUUGUAUAAAUAUCUAUACUAGAUCCGCAACAACAUUGGAACGACGAAUAGCUGAGGCAACUGUCGGAACUUCUGGGAAAAAAGAUGCAGUCCCAGAAGAAACAAAAACUGACAAGGACAAUCCAAUGGAAGCCCAGGCUGAAAGUGAAAAGAAUAACAGUUCCAAUAAAGACAAUGAUGCAGACAAGCACAAUGAUGAAGGGUUGAAUAAUGACAAUGAUGCAGAAGAUGAGAUCAAUGCCAAAAGCAUUGAUGAAGAUGACAACGAUGAAAAGGAUGAGAUCAAUGCCGUGAUAAUUGAUGAGGAUGACAAUGAUGAAGAAGAUGAGAUCAUUACCAAGAUGAUUGAUGAUUCAGUUAAGGCAGCAACCAAAAUCAUUGAUGAUUCAGUGAAGCUGACAAUGACACCGGAAACAAACAAUGUUGGACUCACAUUAACACAGGAAACUAUCAUCAAGUUUCCGGAGUUUUUUGAUGGGGCUGAAGCUUCAAACGCAGGGUUCGAUAAAAAUCAUUCAGUGUCACAAGGAACAGAUUCAGUUACACAGGAAACUAUCUCCAAGUUUCCAGAAUUGUUUGAUGGGGCUGAAGCUUCAUAUGCAGAGUUGAAUAACGAUGAUUUAGUGAAAAAAGAUUCAGUGCCACAGGAAACAGAUUCUGAGCUAGUGUUGGUACCACAUGCGAUGCAUCAGGAGAACCCUACAAAAUCUGACUCGAAUGUAGUCAUAAAUGCAAUUCCAUUAAAGUCAAUACAGCCAGAUGAAAUAAUUGACUUGGACAAUGUCACUCCAAAGAAAAGAAAAAAGCAUAAUAUGCUUUAUUCUGAUAAUACAUAUCCUGAGCGUCGACGGGCGGUGAAGAAAUCGAAAUACCUUGCAAGCCCAUAUGAUGACGCUGUCCACAAGUCUGCUGCAACGGAGUUGCAGAAAAAAUUAUCAACAUAUGCUUGGAACCCGGAGCUUGAUGAGGAUCACAUUAUGUACUGCUCAGACAACAAGGCUCAUUUGUAUUCUCUACAAAGGGCUGACUUCUGGACCCUUCAAAAAGAUGAAUGGGUAUCAUGCUUUGUCAUAAACAGUUGGGUUAAUUGUUUAAAUUGGAAUCAGCAGGACAACAUGACAAGACUAGUGACACCAUUGGUUAAUUAUUUUGACAUGGAAAGAAUGCCUCCUGUAACUAAAUCAAUUGCGCACUGGAGAUUCGUUGACAGACUGAAAAAUUUUAAGUACAUGGAUUGGAAGGCCAUUGACCCUACAAAGCUAGAAUACAUCAUGACACCAGCAAUAGCUGGCAAUCCAGGAAGCCAUUAUGUCUGCUUUGUCGUCAAUUUUAAAAGCCACAAAUUUGAAUUCCUAAACAGCUUGACGGGGGGAGGAGAGAAAUUGCAGUUACCAAAUGGUGAACCUAGCUUAUACAAACAGAUGUUUGAUGUUUGGCUGAAUGAGGUGGAAGCAUUUGUGACAGAAUUAUAUAAGUUAUGGAAAAUCAAAAUGCCUUUCCAAUUCACCACAUUCAAUUGGGAUACACCAAAGGUGCCUACUCAAGUUGAUUCAGACAAUUGUGGAGUGUUUUGCAUGAAGUUUCUUGAUGAAUGGGGUGGUGAAAUGCAAUCUUUCAAAGGUUGGUCCAAACUUAGGAAACAUGGGGACAAUGGAAAGAUUGCAAAAAUUAUGGAUCUCCGCAUUGAUCUAUGUUCAGCUAUAUUAACCAACUCUAGCAAUUCCAGAAAAGAACAAGUCCUGAAGGAUGCAACUUGAUGGUUUUUUUUUUUGACAAAGAAGCAACUUGAUGGUUAAGCACUACAAUUUGUAAAAUGGUUUGAUGCUUCUCUGUAAAAUGGUUAGAAACCAUUAGUGGUAUUAAAUGGUUUCAAGCUGUUGUACAAAGAAACCAUUUGGCAACAGGGUUUAGGAUGUUUUAAACAUUUUAAUAUUUGUUUACAUAACAUUUUAGUUUUAAUGGAUUUUACUUUGUAUGGUAAAAUGUAGUUGUUUAUGUUGAUGCUAUGAUUAACUUCUUAUUUAAACUUUAUGGUAUCCGGAGCGUUGU